GUAAGAUUGAGAUAAUUUUAGCACGCUAACAUGGCAGCGUCGUCGGGAGACGGAGAUUGUGGCUCAAUGAAUGACCAUAUUCUAGAAGUGGGAGCUGAGCUACUUAAAGACUUCAUCUACGAGCGGGUUCGGAGGCAUGGUGACAGCAACACCGUUUUAUCGAGGAGCGACCUGGAUGGAAAAGAGCUCGACCCAAGCCAUAAGAAACUCGCUCUGUGUCUGCAGCAGAUUGGAGACGAGCUGGACAACAAUGUAGAACUGCAGAGUAUGAUAAACAGCUCAUCACUGCAGCCCACCAAAGAUAUGUUUGUGAAAGUGGCUCUGGAGAUUUUCUCAGACGGGAAGUUUAACUGGGGAAGAGUGGUGGCGCUUUUCUACUUUGCGUGUCGGCUCGUCAUCAAGGCUGUUCUGACAAAAAUUCCAGACAUCAUCAAAACCAUCAUCAGCUGGACUCUAGACUACCUCCGGGAACACGUCGUUAACUGGAUCAGGGAACAGGGAGGAUGGGAGGGCAUCUGCUCAUACUUCGGCCCCCCGACCUGGCAGACGGUUGGCGUCUUUCUGGCUGGAAUUCUUACCGCCGUGCUGGUCAUACGCAAGAUGUGAAGAGUUUACCCAAACGCGAGAGCGAGGAAGAGACGAGGAAGAGAGGUCGGCAGAGAGCGGGAUGGACGGAGCUUAUAAAGUGAAGGCGAGGUGCAGCGAGAGGCAGCGAGGGGCGGAGACCGACGAUGAGCGAGAGAUUUGAUCAAGAUCGGACGCUGAACAGAGAGCCAUAACAAUUCAUCACUAUGCUACGUGACUGUUGAGCCUCUUCUCUUUUCUCGUCAAUAUAUUUAGUAACGUGCACUAUAAGGAGGGUGGGAGAGGUGGAGCGAGGGGCGUGAGAGGGGCGUGAGAGGGAAAGCAGGGCGCCUUAUUUAAACGUAUUUAUUUUCACGCCUUUCUUUCUAUAAUGUUUAUGUUAGAUUUGCAUGCCUACUUGAAUGGCGGUCCACCUGACGUGGAUUCAUGAAGAUGCACAUAGGAGUCGCACACACUCAGAGGUGAAUCAUUUACCUGUGAAGGGUUUGGAAGUGCUUUAAAGGCGUGCCGUUAAUAUUUUACCUCAGACGUUUAUAUAAAUAUAUAUACACUGUAUGGACAAAUGUAUUUGGAGACCUGACUUUGAGCUUGUUGGACAUCCCAUGGUAUUGUAAUAGUGACCUUUAUCACAGCUAUAACAGCUGACUCUAUUCUGAGAAGGCUGUCUGUGGGAAUUUGUGCCCAUUUAGUCCAAAAAGCAUUUGUAUGGCUGCACAGUUGAUGUUCCAGUUAAUUCCAAAGCUGUUCAGUUUAGGGAAGGUCAGGGCUCAGUUCAGCUUUUCUUCAUGUCUUUAUAGACUUUGUUUUGUGCAUAAUGCUGGAACAGUAAAAGGGCCUUCCCCAAAUUUGGAAGCAUGUAAUGUCCUUUGUUAUUUAUUUAUUACACCUUUUAGCAGCUGCUGUGGCUGAAACAAAUGGAUUUAAUACUUAAAAUGGGUGUCCUAAUACUUUUAUCCAUAUACUGUACAUAUCUAGAGUAGGGAUUGGUAGGCUCUGAAGGUACUCCACCGUCUCCCUCGGUCUUUCUCUCUUCUUCUUCCGUGCACCGACCGUAUCCUCCCUUCUAUCUCAUCAUUCACAUCCACUUGGGUGGGUGAACACCAUCGCGACUUUAGUGUUAAAGUUAAACCCAGAGCCACUGCGGGAGUUUGCAGCUUUUGGCUGAGAACAAGAGAAAGUCUACGGAACUAUAAACUCAGGCAGGGAUCCUCCAUUUAAUCCUGGAGUCCUAGGUCUGCUACACCAGCUGUAUUUACCUGUCGUGGGUGCGACGGGAGCCCAGACUGAGUGACAAUCAACUUUAUUCGGUUCAGUUUUUGUUAUGACGAACCGUACGUAUAGUUCCUGCUCGAAUGUGAACGUUCCAGUUUGCUGCAAGCUCCUCUGACGUGGCGAGAAAUGACUGUCUCGUUUUAAACACACACACUUGCACUCAUGUUUAUAGACUGAUAUUGACCUGGUCUUCACAGUACUGUAUUUUACAUUGGUUAAUGAAAACCACAACUCAUACUUGCAAUCACUCUUUUACAGACUUUUCGUUUUAUUUUUGAUCGUUUCUAUAAAUAUUCGGGUCGUUCGGGAGUCGUUUUUUUAUGAUUCUUUCUUAUGUUAACAGUGCCUUGGUCUUUCUACUAUGAAAUGGCUUUGAUAAGAUCAUUAUUGUGUAAUUGGAUGCAUUUAAUUAACUACGUCGGCGCUUCAGAUCCGUUUUCUGUUUGUAAGCCCAUUUGUUUUUGUAAGUUGUCAUAAGAAAUAAUAAAAUGUUUUUAUGGAUUUCACAUAA